UUGCAACACCGCCAUCAGCUGUUCAUGUCAUAACAAACGUCAGAUCUAACCUCAAAACCUAAAAUAAAUUUAAGUUCCUCCACUCUCGAGUUAAGAUAAAGCUACAUUUAAGCAUGGCCAACAAGCCGACGCGCGAUGUAAUCGGCAUCAUCUUCAAGAACUUCUGGAAAUCCCUGCGGCCGCGUCAGUUUCGUGGGGAUUACAUUGGAGAGGACUAUUUCGGGAAUAAGUACUACGAAAUUCCUGCUAAUCCUUCGAUUGGGAAGAGGAAGCCUUCCCGUUGGUUCGAGCCAGCGGAUAAGGAAGCCUUUGACCAGGAGCUGACCGCUGAAUGGGAGGCGUGGCUACGAGGUCGCCGGGAAGAGCCACCCACCCGCGAGGAGCUGGUGAAAAAUCUUCAGAUUAUGGACAUGAAGAAACGCAACGCCGCCGAACUGGAAGCGACAUAUGCGAAGGGCAAGGAUGACAAGGCACUGCCCAAGCAGGUGGACGGACCAACCAUUGGAACCUUUCCGAAAUACAAGGAGUAUGAGUUUAUUCCUGGCAAAGAGCCACCGGAGAAGUAACUCUAUUAUUGGGUUUCCUUUUAAUUUAAUGUGUAAAUAUAGUUAAAUUGAUCUUAAAUGU